AAAACUGGCAAAGCCGGAGCUGGAUUGCGAACUGGAGUAGCCUCCGGGCCGCCGCCGCUGGACCAUCCCACACCCCGCGAGGCCGGGGCGACCGGGGAACGAGCCGAGGAGGCGAGUCCUGGAAACAGCACUUGUUCCACUGGGGCAUCUUCUCUGGAUCGAGCUAUGGUGAAAGAUGUUUCGCAAAGGCAAGAAGAGACAUAGCAGCAGCAGUUCCCAGAGCAGUGAAAUCAGUACAAAGAGCAAGUCUGUGGAUUCCAGCCUUGGAGGGCUUUCGAGAUCCAGCACUGUCGCCAGCCUCGAUACAGACUCCACUAAAAGCUCAGGACAGAGUAACAGCAAUUUAGACACAUGUGCUGAGUUCCGAAUAAAGUAUGUUGGUGCCAUCGAGAAACUGGCUGUGUCUGAGGGGAAGAGCCUUGAAGGACCACUAGACCUGAUAAAUUACAUAGAUGUCGCGCAGCAAGAUGGAAAGUUGCCUUUUGUUCCCUUGGAAGAGGAGUUCAUUCUGGGCGUUUCUAAGUACGGCAUAAAAGUCUCGACCACGGAUCAGCAUGGUGUUCUGCAUAGGCAUGCCCUGUAUCUAAUCAUCCGGAUGGUGUGUUACGAUGAUGGCCUGGGAGCUGGGAAAAGCUUGCUGGCGCUCAAGACCACAGAUGCAAGCAAUGAAGAAUACAGCCUGUGGGUUUACCAGUGUAACAGCCUGGAGCAAGCCCAAGCAAUCUGCAAGGUCUUAUCCACAGCGUUUGACUCUGUGUUGACCUCUGACAAGUCCUGAACUCUGCAGGCAAGCGGAAACUGACCCACCGAGAGCUUACCUGUGCCUACAUCCAUCUGCAGCUGUGGACUAUUAGAGGGUGUAACGCCCUGACCUUUUCUAAAGAGUAAUGUAUAAAAUAUUGGUUUUAUACUCAAAGGUUUUUAACAGUAGGUCAACUUCCAAUAAAUUACCUGCUUUCUGGA